AUGAAAGCACCUUUUGCGGCGUCUCUCGCGCGGCGUCUUAAUCUGCCGCUGCUCGUGCUCUAUGGGCUUGGCGUCACUGUCGGUGCAGGCAUCUAUGUCCUGAUAGGUGAGAUUGGUCAUUCCGCAGGCGUCUUUUCUCCUUAUGCCUUUUUGCUCGCGGCGCUUCUCAUCGCGCCAACGACCUACUCCUUUGCCAAGCUGGUCGUUCGCUUCCCGGUGAGCGCCGGCGAGGCCCGUUACGUAGAAGAAGGCUUCCGUCAGAAAUGGCUGGCCAUCGUCAUCGGCUUGCUGGUGGCGUCCGCUGGUAUUGUGUCAUCGGCGACCAUUUCGGUUGGGAGCAUUGGCUAUGUGCAGGAGUUCAUCUCCAUCCCCUCACCGCUCCUUGUCACGCUCAUCAUCGUGGUCUUCACGGGGUUGGCGAUCCUCGGCAUUCAAGCCUCUGCCAUUGCGGCAGCUGUUCUCACGCUCAUUGAAGUCGGCGGGCUUCUGCUCAUCAUCGGCGGGGGAUUUAUUUCCGAUACGCCCGCCAUCUGGGAAGGAAUGAAAGCGCCGUUCGUCACGUUUGAGUUUCACGCCAUUGGCCUUAUCGGCGCGUCUGCCGUGCUCGCCUUCUAUGCCUUUAUCGGCUUUGAGGACAUGGUGAAUGUGGCUGAAGAAGUGAAAGAGCCUGAAAAGAUUUUUCCGCCCGCCAUUGCGAUCACGCUGCUGGUCACCGUGGUGCUCUAUUUUCUAGUGAGUACGAUUUCUAUCUCGCUGGUGGGCCAAGACGAACUCGGCAAGGCCGGUGCGCCCAUUUCCCUCAUUGCAGAGAGGACCGGCCUUAUCUCGCCCGACUUGUUAUCGGGCAUUGGGGUGCUGGCAGCGCUCAAUGGCAUCCUCAUCCAGAUCAUCAUGGCGUCGCGGGUGCUCUAUGGGCUGUCGCGGCAAGCAGAGAUGCCACAGUUCCUCUCUUACGUGCACCCACGAACACACACGCCCAUCACUGCGACCGUGAUUGUCGCCGCCGUGACGCUGGUGCUGGCUCUCGCCUUUCCCUUGGCGCGGCUGGCAGAAACAACCUCUCAGAUCACAUUUGUUGUGUUUACGUUGGUGAAUGGCGCGCUCAUCGCCAUCACACUACGGGAGGCGGGAUGGAAACUCGGCCAAGUGCCCUCGUUCCAAAUCAUCGCGAUCCCUGCUCUGGGUGCGCUCGGCUCCGUGGCGCUGAUGCUGGUCAGUCUGAUGUGA